AUGUUCGGUUCUAAGAGCUUCCAAGGCGGUGUCGCCAAGAUGCUCACUUCCCUGACCUGUCUCCUUGCUGCCUCCCAGAUCUGUGUCGCUGCUCCCCACACAAGCCAGCUCUCUACUCGGGAUGUUCACCAGCUUUACUCCCGACGUCCCACUGCUGAGAUCCAGGACUUUGAGGACAAGAUCAAGGCGUGCGAUCCUUACGUGCCUCAAGGAGAGGCGCAGUUCUUGGACUUUACACCCGAAGGAAACCAUCUUAUUGGUAGCCAGGGCUUCCAGGGCUGCUUCGGUAUCGUCAUUGCCACCAAGCAGGGUGCCAUUGUUGGGCACUAUUCCCAGGAUCCCCAGGACCUUGCCAAGGCCAAGACCGAGAUCCGCGACCUCUACAACAAGCACAAUGCUCAAGUCGGAGGUGCUCCUAGUUACCUGUACUCCGCCGUCGAAUACCCGUCGGGUGAGGUGACCCAGCAAGAUAUUUACGACCAAUACGUCACCUUUCUCAAUGAUCUCACUGGAAAGGACCCGGUCCACCACAGUUACACCGAGGCCGCGAACUUGCUCACGGAUGAGCAGAUUGACAACGAGGACUAUGCUGAAGAGUUCUUGGCUGGUGGAAUUGUCGUCUCAAACUCGGGCGGUGGUAGUGCCGAGACUGACAUCCUCUUCGUUACCAUUGAUAUGCUAAGGGACAGCACCUUCGCGUAA